AGUUCCACGCAGUCCUCUGGAGCGCUGCCGAGGAUUUUCAGAGGGCAGCUUCAAAGAGGACUACAUACACCAGCCCAUUCACCAGUCUCAGGAAAUGGGGUGGGAAACUCGAACUCGACCGUCGAAGUCGCGGAGGCCAUGUCUCGCUGGUGUGGUCGUAUGUUGUUUGGUGCCGCCAUAAUUGCGGCAGCGAGGAGGGUCAUAACAAUGACGGAGGUAUACAUGGUGUCUAAGAUGCGAAUAUGCCGAUUCAAGAAGAUGUUAUCGAGAUGUGAAGGUAGCUUGGAGUGCUGGAGAAUUGGUGAGUUGAGAUGGCCUGCCACCUAUCUCUUUAUAUACCCAUCCCGUUUCUUAAAACAUGGAGACCAAAGCAAAGCUGGGCGGAUUCCUGCACCUCAUCUGGUCAAAUCCAUUGUAUUGAUGGUGGUGGUUGUGAUGCAGAUAGAGACGUUGUAUGACCGAGUCAGAGCUCUGAAGCACGCGACCUUGCUGCAAGAAGGCUGCCUGCGCUCACUCGGCUGUCACCAACACAAACGUUAAUGUGACGUUGGCGUGAUAUGAGAACGAUACGCGACAUAUGCUCCAAGACUACGAUUCGUAUGCUUGUUUGUCGAGGGUGAGAAGGGGUACCAGCGUGAUGCAUCAGAACACGGCAAUGGGUA